CAAUCUCACAACACAUACCAUACGACUUCAGCUAUACUCCUUUCCCUGAUUCAUUGUCAAUUCUAGUAUCCCACCAAAAACAACCACCAACCAUGGCCGAAGGACACCACCACCACCUCUUCCACCACAAGAAGGAGGAUGAGCCACCGGUCGAGACCGCCUAUGGCAGUGGCCCUGGCGGCGCUUAUGCCGAGACCACCGAGGUGGUCGCGGAGCCCGAUUACAAGAAGGAGGAGAAGCACCACAAGCACCUCGAGCAACUCGGCGAGCUCGGUACUGCUGCAGCCGGCGCUUAUGCUUUGUAUGAGAAGCAUGAGGCCAAGAAGGACCCAGAGCACGCCCACAGGCACAAGAUAGAGGAGGAAGUUGCCGCCGCCGCCGCGGUCGGGGCCGGCGGGUUCGCCUUCCAUGAGCACCACGAGAAGAAGGAGGCCAAGAAAGAAGAUGAAGAGGCUCAUGGCAAGAAGCACCACCAUCUCUUCUAAACCAUGGAUGGAUCUCCGUCUCUCUCUUCUUGCUUUGUGUCUUGUUUAUGUAAUUUUGCUUUCUCUAACCAGGUAUCCUCCAAGCUAAGAGACCGCCCUGCAUAGUCGUCGCACUUUUGCAGAGGGGUGGUUCUUGAAUCUUGGAUCUACAUCUGCUGCUUGUUAAUGCUUCCUGAGAGAGUGGAGUAUUGUGUGUUGAUUUGGGCUUUGUCUUGUACCGGUUGUAUCUGGGGUGCCUUAAUAAUAUUAUCUUCUGACGA